CUUGUCUUAUUUGCUUAGAUUUGCUAUAUUCUUCUAUGGGUGUAAACUUAAAAGUGUCCUUUAACAAUUAUUUCACUUACACAAAUUAUUAAUAUAAAACAUUUACUUGAAACCGUCGCCACUGUACUAAAUGUUACCUGUUAUCAUGGACCGGUUGAGCUUCAUUAAGAAGUCCUUUUCAGAUUAUUGAUUGAGAAUCAUUCAGUGUACUUCUGGAUGGAAUUUAGGUUAAUGUUGGAAAAAUGGAUGGUGGGCGAUGGAGAACAAAAGCACAGGCGUAAAAGAAUGACCCAGAUUCUUUAAUAGACCACCUUUUCUGCUCAUUGUGGAGAGUUCCUUUUCGUGUAGUCUAUCCCACUACCAAAAGUUCCUUUAAUUUUUUGUCAUGUUUAUGCUAUAAAAUAUGCAUGUUUUUUUUUAAUUAAUUAUUGAAUAAAGUUGCUAGUUGUAGAAAUGGAACUCUGCUUAUAAACUUGGUUAUAGGAGCAGCAGUCAUGCUGUUGUGUGCUUGUGCUUAUUAUCAUGUUCAAGCAUUUGUGAGAUACUUGCCACUGACCAAGUAAUCUAUUUGCUCUUUAGUUCUUGUUAGUGCCAGAUACAAAGCUGUUAUAUAAGAAGAUAUAUAAUGAUAGUGGAAAGAACACAUGUUCCACUUCCUGUUAAUCAGUGUCCUUGUUAGGAUUUGUUAUGGUUUAUACUUUUGCAUUGCACUUGUUCAUGUCCAUUGGCCAUAACUAUUCAAACACUGUCAGUUGUUUAUGGAGCUUUGUCUCAAGAAGUUUAAUCUCCUAGCAGGCUGGCACAGUGCAGAAAUGACACGCUAAAUAUAUUGCUAAUAAAAAAGAGGAAGAGGUCAAUAAUUAUUAUAUACCAAUUUUUUUAUGCUAGUAUGUUCAGUGAAAUGAAGGUUUUAUAAUCUUCAUAGUGUCUUUUCAUGUAUGUUUGAUUUCUUCUUAAAUGAACUAGAUGCUUACUAGUUACAACUUCAUUGCAUGUAAUUUGUUUAGCGUUGGUGUUUUACUUUGAAUGCAGUUUACUUAUUCCCUGUAGUUUUGUGGUCUGAUUUCUAGUUUACACUUUCUGCCUUAACAUGUGUGUGAAACUGUAUACCAUUUUGAGAAAGGAGAUUAAUAUUCUACUUAGACAAUUGUUUCAUAUUUCUAAUGAUUGCAUUUUAUGAAGUCUUGGGAAGACUAUGACAUGAGUACAUUGCCAAGUCUUUAUAUUGUCACUUGCUGAGAUGUAGUUAUUUAGUGUAUUUACAAUAGAAAUAAUUUUGGAUGGUGGGCCUUAAAUAGAUAUUUAGUUGAGCUGCAAAAUGCUUUAUAAGCUCAUGGUUACCUAGUCUCUCUAAAGAAUCAAGAGAGGAAAAAGUUUUUUUUUUAAUUUAUUUUUUGAGGGGGCAGGAAGGAAAGUUAAAAUUUCUGUCUUGUUAUUGGUUGACAGCAACUUGCUACGUAUCGCUAUUACUAUAAAAGCUUUGCAGACCUAGAGGCUCAGACUUAACCUCUGAGAGAUUAAACCCUUUAUAUGCACACCCUUGUACACUUUACAAACCCCUCCCCUCUCUCUUGAAAAGAUUACAGAGAACAGGAAAAGAAAGAAAAGUCAUGGUUGUUAGUCUAAGACUUCUUUCUGCAGUUAACACAUCAGUGUCUGCCAAUAAUGCGGGACUAACUUCGACCCAAUCAGACUAUGUCGUCAUCUUGGCUGCUCUCUUUUGUGCUCUUAUCUGUGCAGUUGGCCUUGCAAUGGCAGCACGCUGUGUGUGUCUUUACCGCCCUUUCAAUCUUUUCACAACAGCUCCAGUCUUUCAUACUUCAGCACCUCCUCCGUCAGGUCUCAGUAAGAAGACCCUCCAGUUACUGCCUACAACGAAGUAUCUUUGUGAAGCAGAUGAUAGUAAUAAACAGGAUGACUGUGCCAUCUGCUUGACAGAGUUUUCUGAUGGAGAAAUGAUGAGGGUUCUUCCACGAUGUGGCCAUGUAUUUCAUAUAACCUGCAUUGAUAAAUGGCUUGGGUCCCACUCAUCGUGUCCAUCUUGUAGACAAUUAGUUCUGGUAGCUGGUAAAUGUCAUCACUGUGGAGGAUUUUCUGCCCAUCAAGGCUUCCAUGGCACUGCCAAUGAGGUGCAUACGAGAGAGACUGACGUGAUGCGCAGGCAAGAGCCUCAAGACUAUAUGCUUACAUAUUUACCAUAAUAACAACAGGAAGUGAUGUGUAUUUUUUUAUUGUUUCGUUAUAAUUACCUACUUUCAUUUGAUUGGAGCGGGCGUGCCAUACAUGUCAAAUUGCUAAAUCUAAUGGAAAAGAAGUAUAGGAAUCCAUUCAAGUGCAUUUGAUUAUGACAUUCUUCUAGCAUUGUCAGUUAUGGUAUUAUGUGAAGUUUGGGAUUUUGCAUCUUGCUACAUACGUAUGUGCCAUGAGUUUGGGGAUCAUAUCAAGCUGCAAGGUCGCCUUUGCUUUGGUCUAGUGAGACAAAUUUACUACGUAGUGUUUGGCAGAGAAAUACUUCAUUCAUCAGCAAUUCAGUAUCACUGAACCUUUGGUGCUCUUAUACUGUUGUACACUUGUACUUGUCCAAGACCCUGAUUCUCAGCCAAGAUGCCCCCCUCGCCCCAGGGAAGUUAGUCACAAAAAUGCUUAAAAAGCACUGUUAUGAAUUAUGAUGUAACAAAUAUGAAAGACCAGAACUGUCGUGAAAACACCAAUGGUGGAUGACUUGCUUGAGUUUCCUGUAUACAAUACUGGUAGUAACGAAAGUCCAAUGGUUCAUGACAGAGGAGCCAAGUUCCAGGUACUUGGGCAUAAUUCACAUUGUCUAUUCUUUGGCAUUAUAGAGCUCUUUGCUGUCUAAGAGAUACGCCAUUAGCAUUAGUGAAACUGUGAAAGCAGCUUUUUAUGUACAACUUGCUGCAGAACACUUGUAUACACUAUACUGUGGUUUUUAAUAUUAAUCGAAAUUAUGUGCACCACUAAAUUUGUUAUGAUUUUUAGAUAUUUUAAGUUCAUGAAAUCAUGAGAUUAAUGCUGUUAUUUAAAAUUCAAGAUGCUUGCAAGUAAUAUGGUGCCUUAAUAAUCUCUUGUUCUGAUAAGCAUUCUUAGCCUUUUUUUUUUUUUUUUUUAAUAAAGAUUAGAGUAUACGGUAUAUACCUAUUUUAGUGGAAGCUCCAUAAUCUUAAAAGCUCUUGUAUCAAAUCCUAAUUAUUCUAAUCUCCCUUGCUCACUCUAGCAGAUGCCUUAGUUUUAACUUCUCUUUCAUUUAAUUUGAGUGUAUGUGGUAGUCUACUGUCUACGAACACUUCCACUAGAAAGUUGACACAGGGAGGGAGAGUCAACUAGUCAAGAAGGGAAAACUUUCGCUUAAAUGACGCCAUUAUUAGCUGACUAGGAGAAUUUAGAAUUUUUUGCUACUCGUAUAUUAAUUGUGCAUAAGGUUUGACCCCACUUUUUCAAGUUUUCAACUAAUAUAAAACUAACAACUCAAAGUGUAUGUUGGGACUUGGAUGAUAGAAUUUCAAAAGUCUCAUUCAUAGAAUUAUUUGCAUAAGUUAGUGGCUUUGGUCUUGAGAUAACUGCUUGGAGCUACUAGAUGAUCGGUUUAACUAAAACCUUUAACGAAACAUACGAACUCAAACAAAUGCAAGUCCAAUGCAAAAAGAGUCUUCAAUCUUCAGAAUGAAACUCAAAACUUUGAAUAAAAAUUCAUAUAAUUUUGCUCUUUUUCUUUGAUGUUAGCUUUAUAUAUUAAGUUCAUGUCAGUGAGUGUUUGUAAAGUCUGAAGGUUUUUUUUUUUUUUUUUUUUUUUUUUUGAAACUGGGACAAG